GUUUUAUUGUAAAAAUGGCUUCGAGAACACGGCCAUGAAGAGCAGCUUCUCGCUGUCUUCGCUGAAGAGCUCCGGGUAUCAGAACGGACCGUCAGAUCCAAUGGAACGACCAUAUCACAGUCUCACUAAAAAAAGGAAGGAACCUUGUCGUGAGCUGUGGCGCCGAAGCUGGGGCUCGGCAGCCAGCGGUGGUAGCGUUGGUGAUGAUUUGUGGCCUCUGCUGCAGCAUCACUACGAGUAUAUCAUGGACAACCAGAUCAUUGACUCCUGCAAGGAAGCCAACGGCGAGCUGUCGAAUAACGGGUCGAUAUUGCAGAACGGUCCUCGCCUGCUAAAUCCCACGUCAGGAUUCAACCGGCAGUGGUCGCUAAACCAGCUGAUCGCUGAAUUCACUGAGCUGUGUCAAUGGCUGACCCACGUGCAAGAAGAAAUCUAUUCUAGUCCAGAGAAUUUGUCCAGCAGGAAGUUACGAAUGAAUCGUAUGUCAGAGCUGGUGUCUGCAGAGCCCCGUCGUGCUAAGUUCAUCGAACAGGCCUCCGCCAUCCUCGAGAGACUGCCUGAGGCUGGCGCUGAGGUAACAUGGCGCGUGGAACAUCUGAACGUGAAGUGGGAGAGUCUCCGCCUGCUACUGAGCCCAGAACAGCAGCAUCGCGAUGGAGAAGGCUCCGACACUGUCGACACAGCACACGAGCUUCGUUGCUUGCGGCGAUGGCUGCACGGAAUGGAAGGAAGACUGCCUCCACCCUCGCUGGCAGCAGCCCGCGCGGCGCCCUACCACGACCUGUUGAGGAAGCUUCGAGAACAUCAGGUAUUGCAACGAGACGUGGAAUGCCACGGCAGGAUCGUGAGCUCUGUGGUUCGACUGUGCGGAGGAGCAGACGUAGCUCGUGCCCUUGAGCGACGCUGGCACCUCCUCUACCUGCGAGCCAUCGAGUGGCAGUGUCACCUGGAGGCCUGCCUUUCCAGGAUUGAUAAUCAGAGUUUCGUGGCAGCAGUGCUCAGUGACAGCGACGACGAGCCAGCACUAAAGCAACCCCGGCUCAGCCGUCGCGGGUCGCCGAAGAGACAACGCACCCCCACCCACAAUCGUAGGAGGGAACCUUCGGACGACAGCAGGCAAUCCGCCUCCGAGGAGGAACAAGAGUAUGCAGUGAAGUAUACUUGGCGUGGGUUCGAAUCGGACUGUGAGUCAGAAUCAAUGCGCUUCAAAAUGGAUGAAGAGAGACGCGUGCCCAGUGUUGACGGUGAUAACGUCAAGAUGACUGACCAAACCGUGCCGGUCACUGAUGAAGUCGAUGGAAACGCACGCAUCGGAUCGCCAAAAGAAAUAAAAACACCGCCGACUGUUGUCAAGAGGAAGAAACCAAUAGAUACAUCUCGAUUUAAUCAAUCAGAUCGAAAAUCGAAGAACUGCGCCACGUUUUACUUCAGACACCACGAUACCGAUUCUGAUCGACAAGUGAUUGAAACCGAUGACAAAUCACAAGACGAAUCAUCCGAAGAAGAAUGGACCUAUCAUAACGGACCCAAAAUAGCUAAUGAAGAUUCAACUGAUUUGAUGACGUCAUCUGUAGAAAUACAAUGCGAUUUGCCAGUCGACAAGGAAAAUUUGACAAAAACAAAAUUAGAAUCUUCAACACCGGAUCUUUUGCGAGUCGAUCAGAAUUCGAGAUGCAAGAAUAUAGAGAGAUUGGUUAAUCAGGCUGAGGAGUUGGUUCAAAAACAGGCGCAACAACAUUUGGCAUUAAAGAAAGGAUUGAGGACUUUCAAACCGCUUAUUUUGCAAGAAGACGACAAAUCUGUUGGGAAAACCAAGAUGUCGCGGAUAAAGGAAUGGUUGAACCAGAGCUCUGAUGGAAAGAAUGAUAACAAUCAGACCACGGAAAAUUACGAUGCUUCGGGAGAAUACACAACGGAGAGCGAGGUGGAUACGUCUAUGACGUCAGAGGACAGGAACCUGCACUCUUCCAUGGAUAUGAGUACAUCUACUUGCACCGUCACACCAACUCAUCAGGGAAAGGUACAGCUCCGCAAGAAGCGGGGCGGCAACAGCGCACGUCCUUGGUCCGUCUCGUGUUUGUCACAACUGAGCGGCAACGUCGCGUCGCUAGCCACGCCCACUAAUGACAUCUCGCACAAUAUGUCCAUAUCUGAGUCUGCCUUGAACACCCUAGCUUCUCCGCAAAGAGUUACCCCGGCUAACUCCAGGUCCAAGCUACGAGCCAGUUCCACUACAAUGCAGGGCCACAUAUCCAGCACAAACACGAUGACCGAAGCGUGCACCUCCUGCGUAGAAGCCAACGACAAGCAGUGCUGGUUGAGGAGGAAGAGAUUCAAGCUACGGAGGAGUCACCCGGUGAGGAGUCAGAGACUGGUGAAGUCGCUGUCGUUUUGCGGCAGGCUCAGUCCAGAAAUAGAGAAGAACGAGAGAAGUGCUGCGAGCGAUCCGGCCACCAGUAGAAAGAGCAGGUUCGACACAACAUCAACAUCAGGUAACGAGAGCGACGACGAUCUAUUGAAACAACAACUAGCAACAAUCGCCAAUCUGCGACGAAGCAUUGAAAAAACGCACAUAUCUGGCAAAGAAGACAGUGCCAUUCUGGAGCAAAACGAGCCGGAACAAGUUGCCCCAAGCUUCAAACUGGGACCCGAAGGAGGUUUAGUCCGUCCAAGGCUUACGAAGAGUAUGGAAAGAGAAAGAUCUUUCUUGACAUAUAGUUUGGGAGACCCGAGUCAGAUGUGGGAUCUAUGUCUAGACAAGGACUCAGAUGUUGAUAAGAGUGUCACAGCAGGCACUGAAGAGCAUAGUUCUUUUUCGGAGCAAGCCUGGGACUUCUAUCAGGAAAAGUACAAUUCGGAGCCGUAUUCAGAAGCACCAGAUUCGGAUGCUGCACGUCGCCUUCUAGAGUUUGGAGAUGACUACAGAGCGUUCUUGGAUUCUCAGUCCGAUUGUUGUUCAAGUCUUUCGGCACAACCCGAAAACGACAUGAGCCCAAGUGGUACCCGAAGAAGACGCCCCCCCUCGGAUAUCUCUCGAGAGAAAUCCGUCCCCAGGCACAAAAGAACAUCCCCAGUUGAAACACCAGUCAGAAAACCCAAAAAGUCUAUGUCCAGCGCUGAAAGAAAGAAAAAUCUUUUGGACAGUCUCGAAAGAUCUAGAAACAACACGAGCAUUGAAAGCAACGAUGGAUCUCGGAGACGCAAACCAUCCGAGAGCGAACGCAGAAAUAGCAAGCGAUCGCCUGAAUUUGAUCUUCUGAAUAUACAAGCGCUGAGUCGCAGACGUCACAGCUCAAACUUAACCAGUGACGAAGUAAACAGCUCACUGGAAUACACAGAAGUAAACAAUCGUCCAGAUAUCCUUGACUCGCUCAGUCGAAGGCGUAAAGAAAGGGAUGGAGAGUUGCAAAAAGUUGCCCUGACCGAACUGCGUCGUCGUUCAAUGGAGAGUCCCGAUUCAGAAGGAGAGUCUUCACCGAAGCACAGCAGGAGGAACUGGGGUGAUUCUGAUUCGGAGUCAGAAGAAGUGAGGACGUUGGUGAGACGUUCGAGCACUCAGCUAGAAGUGACAGAAGCACUUAUGGCUCGUCAAGAUUCCUCGCCCGACAUACUCCGCGCUUUCGACUAUGUAAGGCCUCAAUUCGAUACAGAUUACAGUUACUAUACCGACGCUGACGAUGACCUUGAUAUGUUUGAUGCGAGACGCCCUGCAUGCUUCCGUUCCAGAUUAUGUUUAGCUGUAACAGCAUUCUCUAUUAUGAUCAUAGUAUAUAUACACAUUCAAUGACAUCAGCUGGCUUGGGCAUGUUUUGUGUUUGUUCUCCUGUAUGUGAGUACACUCAUUAGGCGCGUUGCGAUUGUCAGAUUCUAUAGAAGACACAAUAAACAUUGACAAAGAUUUCACAGUACAUAAAAUUCUUACCUAUUAACAAGUUUUCUAUAUAUUAAUUAACAAUAAAUUGCAUGUUAGUACUCCACUUAUCCAUAUUCUAAUAAUUAUUCCAUAACCCUAUAUUAUAUGGGUUAAUUAACAAUUAAAUUUAUAGUGUUUGUAAAAUACUUAACAACAUGUCGUAGGUAAAACUCGUAGGUACAAAUAUAUAGGCAUUUUAAUGAAAUUCUGACAAGCGCAGUAUUAAAUUGUACAUUACUAAAUAAGUAUAUAUUUUAGUGAUGUCAUAUUUUAUAAACUCAUUCAUUUAUGCGAAGUCUAUUUAUUAGUGAUUAUUAUUGUUUGAGUAUCAUCUAUAACGUCAUUUAUUUAUUUCUGUGUGUGCGUGUGUGUUUUUCUUUUUGUUUUACUUCUCAGUUUUACUAUAAGUAAUUUAUUACUAACAGCGUUAUUAUUGUAGCGACGUACUAACUGCCUGUUAUUUCUUCUAAAUUUUUGUACUAAUUUCGGUGUUGAUAACUUGGUGCUAGGAUAGUAAUAACCUUUAGUUAUAUUCAAGAUAUAUAUUAACCAGUCGUUAAAGAUACACGGUGAUGCUUACGGUGUUACGCUAUCGUGGAAUUGGUGCUUUCCCUAGUGAAAACUAACACGAUAAACGUCAAAUUGACAGCGCAAUAAAUGACGUUUUCAAUAAAAAACAAGUAUAAAAUUAGGCAAAGUUACCUAAAUUAGGUGAUGUCUUGUCAUUCCGUGAUAAUUAUACGUGUAUUUUGAAUAGUUACUAAUUUUUGUUGUAUAAUCAUUAAGACAGCUAUUAUAUUAGGUAAUUAUUUGAAUUGGCGGACACUUAAAACUGAGCCUAAUUAUGACUGAACUCCGUAAUAUUUUGGUACUAACUUGUAUAAAUGUAAUUAAACCAUUUAUUAACCAAUUGUUGAUUAGGGCUAGGUUGUUAAUUGAUUUCUAACAAAAUGUCGUACGCACAGUUAUCUUUGUAUUAAAUUUUGAAUAAAUGAGUCAAUUUAAAUUAAAA